AUGCUUUCCUCUAUUGUACUUUUCUCCACCCUUGUGGUCUCGGCACUUGGCCAGAACUCCGGCCAAAACUCCUCUGCUGCUUCAUGGACUUUCCCUGCUGGGUUCAACAUUGGUUUGGUGAAGUCCGAUGAGCUGAACUCUUGGUGCCAGGGACAGCGUAACCAGUGCCCGGCCAUUUGCAAGACCGGCACCAAGCAGAACACCUGCGACCCAACCACCCUGAAGUUCAGCUGCGUCUGCGCCGAUGGCAGCUCUGCCGAUGUCACCCCAUUCCUUCAGACAGUUCCCUUCUACGUUUGUGAGGCCAACUACGGCCAGUGCGUCGAUGCCCACCCCGAUGACUCUGUUGGCCAGGAGGCUUGCAAGAAGGCUGCCAAGUGUGGAACCAAGAAUGCCACUGCCCUCGCCAUGUCUUCAUCUACCACAUCCGCAGUUGCAUCUCACACUAUGAGCAUUGCCACAACCACCGAUUCGGACUCUGACAAGGCUGUUACUUCCUCUGUCGCUGCCGCCAGCACUACCACUACCAAUGCUGCAGUCCCUCUCGGCGGCAUGCUUGAGACUGCCUCCACCGGUAUUCUGGCAUCCAUCAUGUUCUUGGCUAUGCGCCUGGUUAUGUGA